AUGGGUACUCUUAUAGGGCAUGUUGCUCCGGGAUCGGGAUUCUUGCUCAUAGGUCUGUGGCAUCUCUUCAACCACAUCAAGCUCCAUGCCUCGAACCCGAGCUCUUACCACUCUUGGCCUUGGUUCCCUUCCACCUUGGUGAGGUACCUUGAGCUCUACUUGAUAAUGGCCGGGUCGUGGCUAUCAAUAUCCAUGGAGCUCUUUAUCGGGCCGGAGAGGCAUCAACCUCUAGACCCAGACUGGUCCAUACCAUCAUACCAUCUCCACAACUUUGAGCACGCGUCCAUCUCCUUCUUCUUGUUUCUCUACUCUUUUGUAGCCUAUUGCUUCGAUCGUUUCGCUAUCAAGGUUCAUAAGGGGCUUGUAGAGCUGCUCGCUGCACUAGCCUUUGCCCAACAAUUGCUAUUGUUUCACCUCCACUCAGCUGAUCACAUGGGAGUUGAGGGCCAAUACCACUGGCUCUUGCAACUGGUCAUUUUUGUGACACUUGUGACUACUUUGUUGUCUAUCCCUUACCCUAAGAGCUUCUUGGUGGGCUUUGUCAGGUCAUUUAGCCUUGUUUUCCAAGGGGUCUGGUUCAUAGUCAUGGGGUUUAUGCUUUGGACCCCUAGAUUGAUCCCAAAGGGCUGUGGCAUGAGGCUUGAAGAAGGGCACAUGGUUGUUAGGUGUAGGGGCCAUGAAGAAUUAAUUAGGGCUAAAUCCUUGGUAAACCUGCAAUUCAGUUGGUUUUUGGCUGGGGUGACAGUUUUUGCAGUGGUAUUUUAUGUGGGUUUGUUGAAAAAGUACGGGGAGAAGAUAGAAUAUGUUGGCUUGGAGCAAGAGGAAGAGGAGGAAGUGCCAAAAAAGCUCGAGCAAAACAGGAGCUUUGUGCAUAUGGGAGAAGGGAUGCCAAAAAUUGUGUUGGAAAGAUAAAAAUGGAUGAUAAUUUUGUGUUUGCUUCAAAGGAAGUUCACCUAAAAGUGCAAAAAAAGUAGCCUAUGUACAUAGAAUAGACCUGUUGUGUGUCACCUGUUUCACAAUUUAGUCCCCACAAUUUAAUCAAAUUUAAUGAAUUAGUGAGGGACCACCAUGUGAAGAGUGAAAGGUGGUUGCGUGAGUGGUGAAUGGGCUUUUUGAGAGAGAGAGAGAGAGAGUGGGACAUUUGUAACAUGGAAAG